AUGGCCGCAAUCAGACCUGCAAGACUAGAAGCCUGGCCACUUAGCGUCGUGGAGGUUCAUGGACUCUUGCUGGUCAAAUUCUCCAUUUCCAUCAUCAAAACCGGUCCCUUCACAUGCCACCAAAUUGCUCACACUCCAGGCACACCGGUGGCUUCCUGCCUCCACAGAGUCCAGGGACAGGUCCUGGUCCUCGCCCUGCAGCUGGCCCUGAGGGCUGGUCGGGCCUCUCUGAGUCCCCCUGACACUGCUCACCUGGGCCCUCGCCCGCUCUUCCUGCUGCCUCCACUGGCUGAUGAAAAGCUGCUCUUUCUCUCUCGGGAAGCACUGCCCUAUGACUCCAGGCUGAAGUCACCCUUCCUGGCAACUCCCAUGUUGGGAGCUGUCCUGGGCCUCUCAGGGGCGCGCCAGCUCGGUGUGCAGGAGCUGAGCCUGUCCUUUCGGGGUCAAAGCGCUGGUAGACACAGUAAGGGCUCCAGGGGUUUUGCUGCACCGGGCAGCGAGUUUGGACUCUGCCGAUUCCGUCCGGCUCUAAGGACCCGGAGCGCCAGCGCGCCCAGGAAGCUCUUGCUGAGCCCGGCGCUGGGCUGCGCGCUCCUGUUCCUGGACAUCUCCAUUAAGUGGACCACCCAGGAAACCUUUCCUCCCAAAUACCUUCAUCAGGACCCAGAAACCUCGCGCCAGCUCAUGUGCGACAAAUGCCCCCCGGGCACCUACCUGAAACAGCAUUGCACUGUGAGGAGGAAGACCGUGUGCGCUCCCUGCCCCGACCACUCCUACACGGACAGCUGGCACAACAGCGAUGAGUGUCUGUACUGCAGCCCCGUGUGCAAGGAGCUGCAGUACGUCAAGCAGGAGUGCAAUCGAACGCACAACCGCGUGUGUGAGUGUGAGGACGGGCGCUACCUGGAGCUGGAGUUCUGCUUGAAACACAGGAGCUGCCCGCCCGGAUUUGGCGUGCUGCAGGCUGGAACCCCGGAGCGGAAUACAGUCUGCAGGAGGUGUCCGGAUGGCUUCUUCUCCAAUGAGACGUCACCUAAAGCACCCUGCAGAAAACACACGAACUGCAGCUUACUUGGGCUCCUGCUAACUCAGAAAGGAAAUGCCACAAGUGACAGCAUAUGUUCUGGAAACAGUGAAACGACUCAGAAAUGUGGAAUAGAUGUUACACUAUGUGAGGAGGCUUUCUUCAGGUUUGCGGUUCCCACAAAGUUUACGCCUAACUGGCUCAGUGUCCUGGUAGACAAUUUGCCUGGAACCAAAGUCAACUCAGAAAGUAUAGAGAGAAUAAAGCGACGACACAGCUCACAAGAACAAACUUUCCAGCUGUUGAAGCUAUGGAAACAGCAAAACAAAGACCAAGAUAUGAUCAAGAAGAUCAUCCAAGAUAUUGACCUCUGCGAAAAUGGGGUGCAGCGGCACAUCGGGCAUGCAAACCUCACCUUUGAUCAGCUUCGCAGCUUGAUGGAAAGCUUACCAGGGAAGAAAGUUGGAAUAGAGGACAUCGAAAGAACAAGAAAGAUGUGCAAAUCAACCGAGCAGCUUCUGAAGCUUCUCAGCUUGUGGCGGGUGAGAAAUGGCGACCAAGAUACUUUGAAGGGCUUGAUGCACGCUCUCAAGCACUUGAAAACCUACCACUUUCCCAAAACUGUCACCCACAGCCUGAGGAAGACCAUCAGGUUCCUGCACAGCUUCACCAUGUACAGACUGUACCAGAAGCUGUUUCUGGAAAUGAUAGGCAACCAGGUGCAAUCAGUCAAAAUAAGCUGCUUAUAACCGGAAAUACUCACUGGACUCUUUUCCUGAUGUGCCAGAUCUGUUGGAUGAGUAGAUGGUUUCUCAGGCUCCAGGGGAGAAUAGUGAUUUCUUUCUCAUCAUCAAUGCCUGGUUUUGCCACAGGGCACCAAAAGCAACUAUGAUGG